ACUUUAAAAUGGUUAACGUUAUUGUUUAUGUUCUGUUUGCAUGCAGCGUAACAACAGUGCACUCGGCGAUAUAUUACUCAAGUCCUGAAAAAUGGAACAAUCGCAGUCCAGAUUUAUGCAAGCCGUUGGUCAUAGCCCACCGCGGCUCCAGUGGAUAUGUGCCGGAGCAUACUCUGGGCGCCUACGCAUUAGCCAUCACCAUGGGUGCUGACUACGUCGAGCCUGAUCUCGUCAUGAGCAAUGAUGGAUUCCUCGUGGCACGACACGAGAACGAACUAUUACUUUCCACAGAUGUUGCAAACCGCCCUGAAUUCGCCACUCGCUAUAAAACUCAAACAAUCGACGGUAGAACUGUGUCCGGCUGGUUUACAGAGGAUUUCACAUUACAGGAGCUGAAAAUGCUGCGCUCUAAAGAAGUUAUCGGCAAAAUCAGACCUGGUAACACACGAAUGGAUGGAGCCUUCGACAUACCGACAUUCCAAGAAAUCAUUGAUCUCGUGAAGGCUAUGGAAAUAAGUGAACGUCGUAUAAUCGGAAUUUGCCCCGAAUUAAAACAUCCCACACAUUUUCAACAAUUAAAUCUUGGUAUGGAAAAGGCGGUUGUUGAUCAGUUCCAUGAGAACGGCUAUGUCGGGGCAGAUUCUGCUGCUUACAUUCAAUCUUUUGAAGUGAGCAACCUAAGAGAGCUUAAAAAUUUAACUGACAUAAAAUUGAUACAAUUAAUGGGUAACAGUUCUAGGCAGCCGUUCGAUCAAGUGUUACUAGGAACUGGUCUAACUUAUGGAGAUAUGGCCACAGCGGAAGGACUUAGAAAUGUUGCAACUUACGCAUAUGCAGUGGGUCCUGAUAAAAGUCAUGUUAUUCCUCGUGUAGGGAAUAAUUUAGGCGUGCCGACUAGUUACGUAGCAAAUGCUCACGCUGCAGGUUUGAAAGUGCAUCCUUAUACAUUCCGAGCUGAGAACUUCUAUCUUCCAUAUGAAUUUAGAAGUAACGACUCUUCUAUUGCUGAUAUAGGGAAUAUGAGAGGCGAACUGCAAGUAUUUUUAGCUACUGGCAUUGACGGUUUCUUUACGGACCAGCCGGAUGUCGCCGUGCAAAUGAGAGGAUCUUGUAAAGAAAAUGUGCGUCCAAAUAGUGGUACUCGAAUUAGUGCACUUGCUUAUAAUUUACUCAUUGCAUAUAUUAUCCAUAAGGUUCUAUGCCAUAAGGUUUGAAAAAGUGGUAAUCGGUUACUUAAAGCGGGUAUAGAUAUACAUAUUGAUAUGUACCUCGGCAAAAGUUGUAACUGUCCAAACCAAGGACAUCUAUGUACUUAGGUACUAGUAGAUUGAUAUCUUUGGUCAAAACCGUGAGGUAAAUAACUUCGCAAUAACUUAUUUUCCUUACAGAUCUAGUUUCCUAUCUGUGUUAAAAUAUUUUCAAUGAUUAUGAAGUUGAAAAACUAAAUAGGCAAUACUUCACUAGUAAUAGCGAGUGCAUUGUUUGGCCGAUCAGAUGAUUUCUACCUUGUAUUAAUACGGUUAUAUGUAAUAAUAUAUAUAAUAUAGUUGCAUGAAUAGAUUAGGUAGAUUAGGUAAAUAGUAUUCUUAAUUAAAGGUACCAACCGGACCAACAGUAAAAUACAGAAAAACAGAAGAUGAUUCUUGAUGAUUCUUCGGAAGUUACGAUUUGAAAUACCUACUGAAGCUCAUCUACAAAACCCAUACCGUAUCUUUCACUACGAUAGAACAAAGUUCGUAAAUUAUUACAUUUGCUAAGGUCAAUGAUUUGCUAGUACAUUUUCACCAUGCACUUAAUAAGCAGCAUAUAACCAUAUCUAUGCACUGCAAAUGAGAAAUGCAUACAAUAUGCAAACAAUAUGCCAAGCGAUAAGUAGCGUUAAUCGAGAAAAUCUAAAACGGGGACACUGAUCUCUUUCAGUACAUACGCAUAUUGUUCGCACGUUAGGUCUCGCCGAUGUUCGUCUGUUGGAUGUGGUUAGGUGCUGCGGUCACAUAGAAUAUUUAUCAAAUAUUUUAUUUGUUUUUGUGUAGGUGUCUGUUUGUAUUGUUAUGUGUUAGUAAAUAAUCCUUAAUCGAAGCAUUUAUGAUAAUUAUUAAGUCCUAAAAUUAAUUAUGAUUAAAUUUUUCGCGUAAAGAUUUUAUAAAACUAAUAAACCCAAUGACUGAUUUUAAAAUACUUUCGAUAGUUCAAUGUCUAAAAGGCCGUAUAGUUACAUUUAAAGAAAUAAACUUAAACAUUCCCAAAUUUUUUUAUAUAUAAUAUCAAGUAACGGCACGAACAAGUCGUGCGCCUGAU